CGGAAACAGCCGCCGCCCUCUGACCCCGGCGGUCACGUGGCGCCUGUCAUGGCGGCCUCCUGGGCCGCGAAGGGCGGCGCUGGCGUCUCCCGGUGUCCGGGGCGCCGUCGGGUCCUGGCGGCGGCGGCCGGCCGGCUCCUGCCCCGGGGCUUCCGCACUGCAGGUGGGCGAGGAGAGAGCGGGGCUGCUCUCUCUCCAGGGGUCAGGGAAAGACUACCGGGCUGGGGGGAGGCGGGUUGCUCUUUCUUCCCUCCCCUCCCCCUUCCCUGUAAGCUGCCGUGAGUCCCCGUCGGGGAAAAGGCGGUGUGUCAAUAAAUGUACAACAACAACAGCACCACAACUUGGUCACGAAGCGAGGGGCGCCUCGGGAUUCAUCGGCGGUGUUUUUGUUCCAGCAGGAUCCCUCCCCCCCUGUUGUGUAACCAACAGCUCAGAUUGUUCUUCGUCAGAAGUUCGAUUUGGCCACCCAAACAAACUUGCUCCGAAUUGGAGUAAUUCAGAGGAUCACUCCCUCCCUUCCCCCAACCUGGUGCCCUCCAGAAGUUUGGGGGCUCUAGUCCACACUUUAGUUUUACGCAUGACGUGCCUUGUUGCUUUAAGCUAUAUAAUAAAUAAUAAUAUUUUUUUAUUUAUACUUCGCCCUCCCUGGCCAGGGCUGGGCUCAGGGCGGCUAACACCAACAUAUGUACCCUGCCUUGAGAUUGAAUAGUAAAAGACAAGGCUCUAAAUGCAUAUAAAUAAAUAAAAUGCUGUGUGUUUUUCCCCCCCAGUGACCUUUCAAGCAGAAGAGGAGAACUCUGCCGCAGAAGUGUGAGUACUACAAAAUGUAGCCGGGUUUAAUUUUGGGGAGUGGGUUGGGUUAAACUAAUCUUGGAUCUUCUUUGGGCGGUUGACAUAUUUUGUGCUUUUGAUAGCAUCAUCUCAAUGAGAAUUCGUGGUUUGAAAUAUUGCUUGUUAAUUGUAAGUAGCGUACAUACUUAGGCUAGGUGGUUGCAAGAGUCCUAGCAGCCUAAUUUCUGCAGUGGUGUGUCCAGGUGGCAACUUCACAAAUACUUUUUUUAAAAAAUGAAUUUUAUUAGUAUUUUCCACACAACAACAACAACACGAAAGAUAUCAAAAAUAUCUUCACAAAUACUUGUGUGUGCUAACCAGAAAUACAGGAAGCAAAACACACUAGGUACAAUUGUUUGCUUAGUUCACAGUGCAACUCUUACUGGGGUGGUGGCUCAUCCUAUGCUGGUCUUGCAGUUACCACUUGUUACUUGUAUCACGCAUUGGCAGGACCAUGUGGGGGGGCUGCUUUGAGUGCAUCUGGACUGCAUACCAGAUGUACAUUUGUCUCCCUUUACAGCUGCUAUGUUGAUACACACCAGUGCUAAACUUUGAACACUUAAAACUCAAUUGGCUAGAAGAGCUUUUUGCUCUGUUGAGUCUUCAGCACUUCCUGUUUGUUUCUUUUUAACAUUACUAGGGAAUGGCUUACCAAUUCUGCCUACCUGCUGCAUCCCACAACCCCUCUGCCAACCUUCUUCUGGACCUUGCCCAACCCUGCCCCCAUCCACCCCCUCAAAGUCCCCAAUCGCCAUGCUCCCCAUAUUGCUUUCUCUCCUUCACCCACUGCUGGUGCUGGUGGUGGUGAAGAGGAGAAUGAAGAGGAGAAAGUCAUUGUCCCACCACCACUGACAGAAUGCAGGCUUCCUUCUACUGGCAAUGUAUCACAGCAGCAGGGGAAGAACAAAAGGGAGAAAGACUUUUCCCUCCUAUUUCUGCCAGCUGUGGGGCCACUCACUCCUUCCUCCAGCCUACUCAGGUCCUAGGCUUUCCUUGUCCUAUUGGGCAUGCACGCACCCUUGUAUGUUUAUUUUAUUUAUACCCCACCCAUCUGGUUGGGUUGCUUCCAACACAAAUCAUCAUCAUCAUCAAACAUUAGCAACAAUCAGAUCCUAUAUAAAAAGUCACAAUAACAAUGCCAGCAUGACAACAGAUGAGUGCAAAUAUAGUAUAGAGGGAUGAGAAUAUUUGGAAUUCCAAACCUAAGUCAGCUGUUAGUUGUUGCUUGGUAAUCUGUGCCUUUAUGCAGAAACACAGGAGACUUUCAACCAUGCUUGUAGCUUUUCAGCACCUGACAAUUAUGGGAAGGUCAAUUGUUUGAAGAUGUGCCUAUGCUUUUUAUCCUGCUUCAGAGUGAAUGUGGUGUUUAUAGACCGGUCUGGGCAAAGGAUCCCAGUGCAAGGCAGAAUUGGGGAUGAUGUGCUGCGCUUGGCUCAGAAACAUGGCAUUGAGCUAGAAGGUAGGUCUUAAGUGCCCUGCUUUAUCCGGCUAUGUAGCAGUCCAGUCUAGCAUCCUCUUUCCAAUAGUGGCUAGCCAGCUGCCAUUGGGGAGUCCACAUAUAGCUUCUCCUGCAUGCUUUGUUACCUGAUAUGUACUGUGUCUGCACAUGGAGGUAGUUUUUAGCCAUUUUGGCUAAUGGUAUGCACAAUAAUGUGCAAGUAUGCUUUUUUGGUAGUGCCCCAGCACUGUAAAAUCCCUUCCUAUUGACUUGCAACUCAUCCCAUCUGUUUAGGCAAGUUCAAUUGAGAUUGUAAAUAACUUGGGUGUUACAGAGCAGCUUCUUAAUUAUUCUGUGUGCUUGCCAAUGUGGCUAUUGUAUAAUGACUUGCUCCUGUCUGUUGCUUUAUGAGGGCAAAGCCCUAAAAUACUUGGCCAAUGUUACUUGUUUCACUUUGUGUGGCAAUGGGUGCUUUUUCAAGUAACCUGGUCACAGUAUCAAGUUCUAGUAUUAUAAUGGAAGGAGUAAAACUCAACCCUUCCUCCACACUGUUCAUCAAUGUAUAAAUAUUACACCCUCCCUCCCCACUAUCUCUCCCCUUGUUGUAUGGGGGAGGGGACUACCAUAUUUUUCACUCUAUAAGACGCACCCGGCCAUAAGACACGCCUAGUUUUUAGAGGAGGAAAACAAGAAACAAGAAAGCAAUGCAAAGCAUUGAGCGAAGAAGCAGAAGCGCUCCCGCUGCGCUCAAGAGGCUUUGCGUGGCUAUCGCUGAAGCCAGGAGAGCAAGAGGGAUCGCUGCGCAGCGAUCCCUCUUGCUCUUCUGGCUUCAGCGAUAGCUGCACAGCCUGCAUUCACUCCAUAAGACGCACACAUUUUUCCCCUUACUUUUUAGGAGGGGAGAAGUGUGUCUUAUAGAGCGAAAAAUACGGUAAGUCCCAACAGCUCUGGUAUUUCCUCAUAUCAAAGGUGCCACAACUCCUUGAUCAUUUUGGUUGCCCUUUUCUUGUUUUAUGAUACACUUUUUGAGAGGCCAGGUGAUUGGAAUAGUGCACAGCAUGCAGAGUGCCUUCUCUUGACUUGGCAGCAAAAUCUCUCUCAUUGUCUUUGCCUCUUAUCUGCCCAGGUGCCUGUGAAGCUUCCCUAGCCUGUUCCACUUGUCAUGUCUAUGUGAGCCAUGAUGUUGUAGACAAGCUCCCCCAGCCUGAUGAACGGUAAGGACCACCUUACGACCAUAGACUUCUAGAGUUGGAAGAGACCCUGAGGGUCAUCUAGUCCAACGUCCUGCAAUGCAGGAAUCUUUUGCCCAAUGUGGAGCUCAAACCCAUGACCUCGAGAUUAAGAGCCCCAUGCUUUACCAACUGAGCCAUCCCUUGACACUCCUUGUAGCAGAAAUGGCCUUUCUUAGCUCCCUGCUGAUGGCAUUCCACAACUUCCUCAGCAGUGGCUGGGAGGGCCCUGCUGUCCAAGCCUGAAGAAACUGGCAGGUUUCUGGUGCAAAAAAAGGAGGCAGUGCCCCUGAGACCGAGAGAGACCUCUAGUGGGGUAGGAGAGCUGAACACAAUGCCAAAAAAAUUCACAUCAGGCAAACAAUGCACCCCUUGGGUUUCAGAUGGUACCUGGAUAGAAGAGUCUAAAAAGCCUGGGACACAAAUUUUCAUGGCCCUCUAUUGACUAUGGUGGCUCAUUUACAAGAAGUAAUGAAAGGAAGACCUUUCAUUGCCUACAGACAGCCACCCAAUCGUAAACAACACUCCUCACCCACAAUAAUACAACAACCAGACUUAACAUGGACACUGGUACCAGAGCCUGCAAUAAACCUAGAGGCCAACUUUGCUGCCACAUACACCCGGACAACACCAUUACUGGCCCCAACAACAUCAAACACACCAUCUCAGGACUUAUUCAAUUGCUCAUCUUCUAACAUUGUGUAUGCCAUCAAAUGCCAACAGUGCCCUUCAGCUCUCUAUAUUGGACAAACAGGCCAAACCCUAUUCCAAAUAAUAAAAGGACAUACCGGUAAAUCUGAUAUCAGGAAUCACAAGACAGAGAAACCAGUAGGAGAACACUUCAGUCUCCUAGGACAUUGUAUACAAAAUCUCAAAGUAGCUGUCUUAUUACAAAAGAAUUUCAGAAAUAGACUGGAAAGAGAAGUUGCUGAAUUGCAACUUAUUACCAAACUUAAAACCAUGGAGAGACCUGGUCUGAAUAGACACAUUGGAUUCUUAUUAUACAUGAUAUAGCUAUUUUUAGCCAUCUCACCACUUGCUUUUUCCUGUAAGACCAAUUUCAGUUGUUAACAGUCAUCAACAGGUUUACCACACCUAUCAGCCAAUCACCCAUUCCCACCACCCUUCUGAGUAAUACCCCUUCCCACCCUCUCACUAUAUAUAAGGGUCUGGUGACUUCUGUUUCAGUGUAUCUGAAGAAGUGUGCAUGCACACGAAAGCUCAUACCAAUAACAAACUUAGUUGGUCUCUAAGGUGCUACUGGAAGGAAUUUUUUUAUUUUGACUACAGCAGACCAACACCUACCUGUAACAAGAAGUAAUGUAGUUAGUGUUACCUUUGGAAGUGUAUACUUGAUUCUGACCAAACUAAGCCCCCUAGAGCACAAUAUAUACAUCAGGAUGUAUAUUGAUCAGAGGGGGAUAAUGGGGAUUGUUUUUUUCUGGCAAGUAGCACUGCUUGCACUGACGUGAACGUUCACCAUAGUUCAGUGUUGAAUUUAAUCUAGUGACUUGAUUCUUGUUUUUUGUUUAAAAUGUGUUAAGAUGAGCUAUAAUGUGGACUUGCUUGGUAUUUUAGCACUGGUCGUACCAACUCUUCUUCAUCUUCUUAUCCACCUUGGGGGUUAUGGGCUGGAAGUCACUCUUCUUGUCUUCUCGCAGGGAGGAAGAUAUGUUAGACAUGGCACCACUGCUUCAGGAGAACUCUCGCCUUGGCUGCCAGAUUAUCCUCGACAAAGAAUUGGAAGGAGCAGAGUUCACCCUCCCCAAGAUCACUAGGAACUUUUACGUGGACGGGCACGUCCCCAAACCCCACUGAGUGCCAUGGAGCCAAAGGCUGGACCAAUCUCCAAAGUGAGCCUGAUCUCUUAAGCAGCCGUCAGAGAGCAAGACAGCGAUGCGGUCAAAGCACGCAUGAUGCUUUAAAAAAUAAAAUUGUGUUCUAUGAACAAAAGACUGAUGCAAAGAAAAGAAAUGUGUAUCUUCCAGAGAGCAUUCUGAGUAAGGCCAGAGCUUUCUGCCUCUCUGAGCCUCCCUUAAGCUAUUGCUUAACUGCAUUCAUGGCUUGAGAAGGAUGUUGGGAGAUGUACCUCCCCCAACCUAGAAGCACUUUCCCAAGUCCUGUGGGAAAUGUUUCAAGGGGAGAAGAGGCUCCUGCAGAUUAGCACCACUAUUUUAAGGUGAGCACAGCAAGUACUGGCUUCAUGGAAGGAAAGCGAGGGAUGAGGGGAGUGGGUUACCCUCCACAAACACUUUGAUUGUGUUCUUUCUCUCUGUUUCUGUGUUUUCUCUUGCUGCUCAAGCAAGUGCAUUAAUUUUCAUCGGGGACUUCUUGUCUUUCACUUGCCAUUUGACUGCUGAGAAGAUCGGUCAGCAACAUCAUUCAUAGCACCAAAGAAGCUGAGAGGAGGAAGGCACUUGCCCCACACCUCCUCUGGUUUUUAUCAGUAAAAAAAUAAAAGCAGCCUAUUACUGUUGUUCUUGCAUUUGUGUACAAAUUGCAUUGUGACAUUCAGUUUGCAUUAUACUUUUAUUAUAUACAGAGUUGUGUUUGAUUGGAAUACCAUACAGGCAAGAACAAUCCAUCUACUCUUCAAUAAUACCUUCACAUUAAAAUUCAUUUAAAUAA